GUCUGUCGGGAGCUAUUAACGGGUACGUAGAAUCGUUUACUAACGUUAACCACAUCUCAGUCUCAUUCUCAACGCUAGCAUGUACAUCAGCAGCAUCAUGUGUGUGCUAUCAGUUGUGUAAGCUAGCUCUGAGAGCUAAACGCCACUUUUCAGGGCUUCAAGAUAGACACAGUUUAGAUGGAUACCAGUGUUAGCUACUAAAUUAAUGCUGGUGUAGUGAAACACUUUUUAAUCGAGCCCCCCAGUGUCUUAUCAUGAGUCUUUAUCAGGCCACUGCUAACACGGCUAAUCAUUAACAGCAAGCGGUGAUUUGGUGCGUUGGAGCGGAAUAACAUGAGCGGUUGUUUUAGGCUACUGUGAAGCCACAUACCGGUAGUAGGAAAAGUGGCAGUUAUAUUAAUUGAUGCUAAGUGAAACUCCAACACGCAAUGUUAAAACACAAUGUAACCGGAAAGUAGACCGUGUCCACGUCUCACGCCUCCAUCCUCUCUGCGCUCAGAUCACAAUUAUCGCAGUGGAGAAGUGCUCCUUGGAUUCAACAAUGGCUGUUUGAGACAGGCCGAGUCUUAGCCCUCCAGUGACACACCCACCUCCCUUUCUCUUUUGCUUGGCCCACACCGCUCCUUUCAUUUCGCCCAGUAUUUAAUCGUUCUGUUCCACCACCUCAUCUCAGUUUCUGGUGCUACCAGGGAUCAGUCUGUCCUCUUUAUCACUCCCCUGUCACUGUCCUGUUACCUCCUCUCUGAAUUGAGGUUGAAGGCUUUAAAUCGCUCAGGAUGGUUGCUGAGGUAGACUCAGCGUCUCAGGGCAGCGGUGUACGGCUGAAGCAGGAGAUUUCCCUCCUCCACGGGGUCUGCCUCAUCGUGGGAAAUAUGAUCGGCUCUGGCAUCUUCGUGUCACCUAAGGGGGUUCUUAUGUACACAGGCUCAUUUGGCCUGUCCCUGGUAGUGUGGGCCAUUGGAGGGAUAUUUUCUGUGUUUGGGGCGUUGUGCUAUGCUGAGCUGGGAACCACCAUCCGUAAAUCUGGAGCUUCCUAUGCCUACAUCCUUGAGGCCUUUGGAGGCUUCUUGGCUUUUAUUCGACUGUGGACGUCAUUGUUGAUAGUAGAGCCGGCCUGCCAGGCAGUGAUAGCCCUAACCUUCUCCAACUACCUGGUCCAGCCUUUCUACCCCACCUGUUCAGCCCCCUAUGACGCUGUUCGUCUCAUCGCUGCUGUCAUCAUAUGUCUGUUGACUUUUGUGAACUGUAUGAAAGUGAAAUGGGGAGCUAUUCUUCAGGUUAUCUCCACUGUAGCCAAGGUCCUAGCUCUCAUUGUCAUCAUCAUUACUGGCCUGGUUAAGCUGGCACAAGGUUUUGACCAGAACUUCGAGAACUCAUUCAGAGGGUCCAAGCUGAACCCUGGUGAUAUGGCCCUGGCCCUCUAUUCAGCACUCUACUCCUACUCAGGCUGGGACACGCUCAACUUCAUCACAGAGGAGAUCAAAAACCCAGAGAGGAAUCUGCCCUUAUCCAUUGCUAUUUCCAUGCCCAUUGUCACAGUGAUCUACAUCUUGACCAACAUAGCUUAUUACGUCGUCAUGGAUGCAGACAAAGUGCUCAGCAGUGAAGCUGUUGCUGUGACAUUUGCAGAUGAGGUGCUGGGCUGGGCUCGCUGGCUGAUCCCCUUGUCUGUGGCCAUUUCCUGCUACGGAGGCCUCAACUCCUCCAUCAUUGCUGCCUCCAGGUUGUUCUUUGUUGGUUCCAGAGAAGGCCACCUGCCGAAUGUCCUGUGCAUGAUCCACAUUAAGCGUUUCACUCCAAUUCCUGCCCUGCUUUUCAAUGGUGGCAUGUCUCUGUUCUACCUGUCCGUCCCUGAUGUUUUCCAGUUGAUCAACUACUUCAGUUUUAACUACUGGUUGUUUAUUGGCCUGUCAAUAGCCAGCCAGAUCUACCUUCGCUUCAAAGCUCCUGAUCUGCACCGACCUGUGAAGCUAUCUUUGUUCUUUCCGAUAGUUUACUGCGUGUGCAGCAUUUUCCUGGUGGUGGUGCCUCUCUACAGUGACACUGUCAACUCUCUGGUAGGAAUUGCUGUGGCGCUGUCUGGCGCACCAGUCUACUUCUUGUGCAUCUACUUGCCGCCCAGCUCCAGACCAGCUUUCCUUGGACAAAUACUCCAUAAGAUCUCUCUUUACACCCAAAAAAUGUGCAUGUGCUGCGUGGCCUCCCCAGAUAUUGAUCUGGACAACAUUGACCCAGAAAAGAUCGAAUAACAGAGCCACAGACAACUCUGAAGUACUGUGCGAAGAGAUGUGAAGAUGAUGAAUACAUGAAGGAAGCUGCAGACAAUCAGAAUCCGGAUGAGUAAGGCUUAAUUGAUUAAAUGAAGAGGAGAAACUGCACAGAUUAGUUCCACACACUUCUAUUUCUUCUCCUCCUCCUCUUCCUCCUCCUCCUCCUCUCUCAAACAUGAGCCAUACAAAUAACAGAGCAGGAUUUUACUGAGAAUGAAUUUUAACUUUGUACACAAACCCUCACAAAAUCCCUCCACACAUGCCUAAACACUGCAACUCACACACGCACAUAAGCUGAUGGAAAACCUUAGGAUGACACUGCAACAUAUGGAAAUUAACAACCCAGUUCAGAAGGAGUUGAGUCAGCAGAGAUGGUGAUUUAUUCAUAAACAGGAGGUAGCUACAGCCAGUACACAGAUAGAGUAGAAAAACAUUUGUUAUAUGCCUUAAAUCUGUUGUAUCAUGUUUCUCAUGUUAAUGAGCCUUAAAAUGAAGCUUGUGACCCCUUGUCACAGGUUACAAAUGUCAGUGGGUCAUUUUUCUUCUUAUUUGAACAUUUUUAGGGACAUUAAGAUCAGAAAAUUACUCAGUAAUUCACAACCAAAAAGCCUUGAUUAGCAAGAAGUUAGAAUUAUUAAUAUAAUUUUUGCAACCCAGCGGGAGGUUCACGAAUUCAUGGGCUAAAUACUGAAAGGUGGGGACCUCAUAUUUGUGAUCAGUUUGCAUUACCAUCAGAUCGGCAGCUCACCAGUGUGCGAUACGUAACAUUUGAAUUGUUUUUCAUUUCAGAGCUAAGAGGAGUUUAAACAUCACUGGUGUCCAGUCAGUAUGACAACCAGAAAGUGAGUCCACAGAACGCUAUGAACUGCGAUCAUUUUGCACAUUUUCUGUUUCAUUGUACAAGAACCUCAUUUAUACUCAUAGAAAGCUUUAUUUAGAACCGUUACUGAACUGAAGGACCAAAUGGACAGGUGAACAGGUUUUAUAAUAAUUAGCUAUUUAAGAAGGAGAGAUUGAUUAUUUACGAAAGUACUGUGAUUUCUUUCACCCUGUUUAAAUGCGCUAUCAUGUGUCCCUUAACUCUUUUUAAGGAUUUAAUUUUAAAUCUGUCACCAUGUGCACCCUGCUUUUCUUCCUCCUACAUAGGCAUGUGAAGCAAAACGUUUCAGCCAAAUUCCUUGUUUGCAUCUUCAGGGCUAUAUUUAAUUCCUGAUGCCUUCCAGUAGCUAAUAUCAACUUCUAUGUGCAAGCGACAAGAUUUUCCCGAGUCCUUUUAUAAUUUAUGCGUUUUUGCUUCUACUGUUACUGUCAUUUGUCACCUCGCCCUUCAUUUUCAUACAUUCACAAACACACACGUUGGUGAGAGGAGUGUUCGUGUUACUGAUAUCAGCAAGAUUUUUAAACAUUUAAAUUCAUAUGUACUGUUUAUAGAUAAGCAAAUGUAUCUGAUGAAGACAACUCCUGGUUGUUUUUCUUCAUAUUGGGGUCUUUGUAGUUACAAAGCUCAGGAUCAGCCAUGCUGAUGUGCACAUGUUGUUGCUGAUAUUUAUUAACUUUCUUUUUUUACCCACUGUUGUCUUAAGAGUUUGUAUCACAGAUAGGAUAUUUAAUGUAGUAUCGCCUCUUGAAUAGAUCACCAACUUGGACUAUUUAUUCACAGUGCAUAACCAAAGGUUUUAAACAGGCUGAGAGUCGGACCAUCUUUCUGCUCACAGAGUCGUGAGCCUGUAGCAAAGUGUCUCUGCUUUCUAGUGUAGAAAAUCAUAGCUGUAGUAUAUUAAACUACAGGUAGAAGGUAAAGUCAAACUUUGGUGUCUGUGUUGUAUGUGCCUUCUGUGAAUGUGGUCUGCCAAAGGCCUGGUCUAUUUUUGAUAUUGUAAUUUUUGUGUACAGUGUCUUAAGGACAGUCAUAUUGACACACAUUGCUGUAGGGUUUGUCUAAAGUUCUUCAGGUCGAUAUCCUCAGUUAAUUUUCUUUUCUGAAGUGGCUUUACCAGCCAGAUGUUGUAAUUGAAGUCUAUUAAAGCAACACUAUGGAACUUUUGCUGAGCAACAGCAGCCUCUGCAGCCCUAAGUGGUAAUUACAGGACGCUGGUGCAUUUAAUUCUCCUAGCUACAAGCCUGGGUGGUUACAGGUAUUGGAAGCAGCAGAUCCCUAGAAGCAAACGGCUCAUGUACUGAAAACAAAGCAAGGACUUGAUAAAUGCAAAAGAAUUACCAAGCUAGCUUCUUGUGUGUAACUCGUUACACACUUCUCCUGGGCGAUCACACCCACUCAACCCAAGUUAAUAGUACAAGAAACAGGUAUUUGGGGCGCAGAGUGGGGAUGAAAGAGGCACCAAUUACAGGCCAGUGUACCAUCAAAAUGAUUUUUAAGCUGUUGUUUUUAGGUACCAUAGCUGCAUAAUGUUGCUUAGACUUUCAGCAGGAAAUAAUCAGGCCUCUGCUUGAUCCAUGUUUAGUAUCUUUACACAAGCACUUCUGCUACACCAGCCAACAGAAGCACACCAAUAUUUGUUCAAUGUUGCUUUUUCUGGGGUUAAAGUUGUCAUUUAAACCAAGCUAGUCUGUUGUGUGUUGUUAAAAAGAAAAUCACUAUAAAUCUGUAGUACAGAAUCUAUUUCUAUAUACUGUCAUGUUAUAAACUGUAAUAUACUCAAACCACAGGACUUGAAUGUUGCAGUGUAACACAUUGUUGUGUUUCAUUAGGUACCAAAUAUUUGUUUUCAGGUGGGAAUGUGUUUGUUGACAAAGUUGUGUUCAGUGUAUUUGUAGAGUUGUGUCUUAAGUGCUUGCUCUGUUCACUGUUUUUAUUUAUUAUAUUUUGGACGUGAACAAAGUGGUGAGAAGUUUUUGAGAGCAGGAAGUCUUGUGUGUCCAAACUGAGGCGGGAGUGUGCUGUGUGUUUUAUUUGAAUAAAGGCAAGUACAGAAUGUGCAUCAUAAAUAUUUA